AAAAUUAAAAAACACGUCUCUGUACGUCAUUGCGUCAUUUCCGGGGCCGGCGGAAAAUGCCAUUUUCUUUCGCGUGUGCGGCCUCUCUUCCUCUACCGCCAUCAUGGGUCGCAUGCACGCUCCCGGAAAGGGCUUGUCCCAGUCAGCUCUUCCAUACAGGCGCAGUGUUCCCACUUGGCUCAAGCUUACAUCUGAUGAUGUCAAGGAGCAGAUAUUCAAACUCGCCAAAAAGGGUCUGACUCCCUCUCAGAUUGGUGUAAUUCUGAGGGACUCUCACGGCGUGGCCCAGGUACGCUUUGUUACUGGCAACAAAAUCCUGAGGAUUCUCAAGUCCAAGGGUCUGGCCCCUGACCUGCCAGAGGAUCUGUACCACCUGAUCAAGAAGGCUGUGGCCGUCAGGAAGCACCUGGAGAGAAACAGAAAGGACAAAGACGCCAAGUUCCGCCUGAUUCUCAUUGAGAGCAGAAUCCACAGGCUGGCCCGUUACUACAAGACCAAGAGAGUACUGGCCCCCAACUGGAAGUAUGAAUCUUCCACAGCUUCUGCUCUGGUGGCAUAAACAUCAACACUUUUGGAUUAAUAAAACAGUCUCAAUUCUGAAA